CUCCGCGUCGUCCAGGUCCUCCUCAGAUCCGCCAAACCCGCCGAGACAGAGAGAUCGCCAUGGCCGCGGCAUCGCCUCCGCUCCUCCCCACCACGGUCGUCCCGGCGGCCGCAGCACCCCCGACACCCGCGCCCACGGCCAUAUCCUCCGCGGACGCCACCGACACCAACCCAGCGGCGAUCCGGGCCUUCCUCUCCCGCCUCCUCGACACCACCCGGCGCGCGCUGUCGGGCGCCCGCCCCUGGUCCGAGCUCGCGGACCGCUCGGCUCUCUCCCGCCCGGAGUCCCUCGCCGAGGCCACGUCCCGCUUGCGCAAGAACCUGGCCUACUUCCGCGUCAACUACGCCGCCGUGGCCGCGCUGUGCCUCGCCGCGGCGCUCCUGGCGCACCCCUUCUCCCUGGCCGCGCUGCUGGCGCUGCUCGCCGCCUGGUGCCUCCUCUACGUGCUCCGCCCCGCCGACGCGCCCCCCGUCUCCGCGUUCGGCCGCACCUUCUCCGACCGCGAGGUGCUCGGAGGCCUCGCCGCCGCCUCCGCGUUCGUCGUCUUCCUCACGUCGGUGGGCUCGCUCAUCUUCUCCGCGCUCGCGCUGGGGACCGCCAUCGUCUGCGCGCACGGCGCGUGCCGCGUGCCCGAGGACCUCUUCCUCGACGAUGUUGACCAGGCUGCCGGCGGCACCGGCAACCCGCUGCUGUCGCUCAUCGCCUCCGCCACCGGAGGCCGCGUCUGAUCAUGAGUCUGUAAUAGAUGCUAUGCUUGAGGUCACUGCCAUUUUCUUGAUCGAUUAUUUUCGCGGAACUAUUUAUGCAGCUCAAAAAUUAUACUACUAUAUAUAGCUACGGAAAGCAACAAAUCAAACCAUAUACUGGAGUUUGUUUAUGUAUCAUCGAGCAGAAAUAUAUUCUUGUUAUUCGUAGCA